AUGUCUCAAAAGAUUGGUCAUUCCGCAUUAUCAUUUGCUAGGUUAUGGCAUCAUGUUGACCUAGCUAAAGAUGAAAGAACACUAGGUAGAUUAGCCUCAUCUAUAGCUAUUACGUUGAUGGGUAAACACAAGCCAGUGUACCAUCCUAGUGAUGACUGUGGUGAUUAUGUUGUUGUUACAAAUUGUCAAUUGUUAAAAGUUACCGGUAGAAAAUUUGACGAAAAGACGUAUUGGUCACAUUCUGGUAAACCAGGUCAUUUGAAGUUGACACCAAUGAAUAGACUUGUAGAAAACAAGGGAUUUAAUGAAGCAUUGAAGAAGGCUGUCAAGGGUAUGUUACCGAGAAAUAAAUUACGUAAAGUAAGAUUAGAGAGACUAAAGGUAUUUGAUGGCAGUGAACAUCCAUAUAAGAAUAAUAUCACUGCAUUUGCGUAUGAACAGCCUAGAAGCACCCCAGAUACAGCUAACCAAAAUGUUCAACAGGGCACGAAAGCUUAA